CACGGCUGUCGCCCUGGUGGCCAGUGGGCCCUAGCCGGUUAGGUUUGCGCCGGGCCCCCAUUCAUGGAUGUGUGGGCCCUCCCAACAAGCGGGAGCACCUUCGGCGGCGCAGCGGGCGGCCCUCCCGCACACUCGGCGCGCAGCCACCGCCACCGCCGCCGGAACUACU